AUGAGAUCAACGCUGGCUCAUCGCUCGCCAUCUACAUCCACCCUCAAAAUGCCUCUUCCAUCUGCCCACGCCGGAGCAAAACAUGCUCAUCAACUCUACCAGGAAACCGAUGACGAGCGUGAGUUUCGCAUCGCAGCAAAGUUCCCCGACUGUGAAAAAGACAUGCCCGACCUAAGCGCCAAAUUCCAGUAUUCCCUCAAGGACAGCCUCACGUCCUAUCUGGGCGCCAGGAAUCCCUUCUACACCAAAGUCGAUCCAAACACCGACUAUGUCUGGCUGUUCGACAACACCGCCUACCAGAACAAACUCGGCCGCUGGAAAGCCGAAUUCGUAGCCGCCUACUUUGUCAAAAACAGCGGCAAAGAUCUCUCCAAGAUCGUUGCCUCGGUCGCUGACAAGAUCGGCGACAUGGACGACAAGACCGAGGCCACCAUAGCCAAAAGGCUACAACCUCUAGCUGACUCCAUUCUCCCGGCGCACACCGUCCAGCUCGACCUGCAGGGCGUAGAGACCCGUUUGGGCCCCAGUGGCCGCGAUGGGAUCAGCAGCGACCAGUUAGCCAUCCCCGGCCACGACCACCAGGACGGUCAAACCAUCACCUCCAAAGCAAUCAACGCCGACGCCACCUCCGUCAACACCAUUUUCGCAGGACCCAAAGGCUACGCGAUUCUGAGCGAUAUCGAUGACACCAUCAAAAAGACGCUCACCGCCUCUCCAACUGGCAUCCUCUCCACCACUUUCGCCGAGGACCCGGAGCCCAUCAAAGGCAUGCCCGAGCUCUACCAGCACAUCAAAUCCAAACUCGCCAACCCCCCUUUCUUCUACCUCUCCGCCUCCCCUUACAACCUCUACCCCUUCCUCCGCCAGUUCCGCGAGACCUACUACCCACCCGGCACCCUCAUUCUGCGCGAAGCCUCAUGGAUGAACCUUGCCGGCUUCCUAGCGAACCUCACGCAAGGCACCCAAGCGUACAAAGUCUCCCGCAUGGUCAAAGUUCACGAGUGGUUCCCCAAACGCAAAUUCAUCUGCAUCGGCGACAGCACGCAGAAGGACCCGGAGAGUUAUGCCGAAAUGUACCGCAAGCACUCCAAGUGGAUUACCGCGAUCUACAUUCGCAAGGUCACGGGUGUGGCCGAGUUGGACUCGGGGAAGAAUCUGGAUGAGCGGUUCGAGAAGGCGUUCAAGGGGGUGCCGAGAGAGGUUUGGCACGUUUUCGAGGAUGCGAGUGAGCUUUAUGCCAAGAUUGAUGCGUUGGGGCCGGCGUAGAACUGCCGUCAGUCGUGCACGGGUUGCGCUUUCCAUCUUUUUUUCCAUUUCCUCCCGUACAUCUAGCCUGUUGUCUGAUCUUUCUUAUCCAUGCCAGCCUCGAGAUACCUUGUUCGUGCUUCUUUCAUCUCGCAUUCUCCCCUGUCUCGGCGGAUGUCCCUUGUUUCUUUUUUCCCUCUUGAACACUCUGCUGUCUAUACCCCUCUUUUUA